CUUUCCAUUACAUUUCAUCUUAGGAAAAGUGAUCACAUAUCGAAGAAAAUGAAUGGUGUACCCAACGGGAAAGCUGUCGGCAGUCCGCCGCUGCAGCUGUUCAACUGCGAGCACGCUGCCUGUGGAGCGACGUUCACCAGACAGUGGAGACUGAAGGAGCACGAGACGGUGCACACUGGAACGCGCCCGUGUCUCUGCACAAUUGCUGGCUGUGGUCAUCGUUUCACGAGAAAGUCCCACCUGCGCCGCCACAUGCUUCAGCACAGAGGGGUGAAGCAAUUCCAAUGCAAAUUUGCGAGCUGCACGCAGAGUUUCUUCCACACAGGCAAUCUGAAAAGACAUGUUCGCUACGCCCACGGAGACAAAGACACGUAUUUCAAGUGUAACCAGCCAAACUGCUCAUUGACAUUCAAAAAACGCAGGCUGUUUAAACUGCACUUAAAGGAGCAUGGAUUGCCUGCUAACUCAAAGUGUUCGGAGGCUGGAUGUGCUGCCAUGUUUGACUCCCAUAUUGAACGCAAAGCCCAUGAGAAGAGGCACGCAGGUUACAGCUGCCCUCAUGUUAACUGCCAGGUGUUAGAACACAUGUGGAGCAAACUUCAGAAGCACAUGAUUGCCAAACACCAGGCCACGUUCAUAUGCCAAGUGUGUAAGAAGGAGUUAAAGAAAGCAGAAGCUCUGCGGAAGCACAAACGGAUCCACGCUUCCCAUAAGCCCGUGCUGGUUUGUCCCAAGGAGGCCUGCCAGGCCUACUUCUCUACGACCUUUAACCUGCAGCACCACAUCCGCAAGGUGCACCUCAAGCUCCUCAAAUACAGAUGCUCCUUCCCUGACUGCCCACGCACGUUUGCCAUGAGGGAGAGUGUGACCAGACACCUGCUUCGCCACGACCCAGACGCCACUACACUGAAGAAACAUCGAAGGCCUAAGAAGUUCUGGAUGAAGCGUCUGGACGGACACCAUCUGCCCCUUGUGGAGGAAGACCUGCGUAAUCUCUUUGGUCUGCGCAUGAGGAUCUCCAGACGUGCCAAAGUGGAAACCAACCUCCAUGGCCUCUUCAAUGAACGCAAGAUCCGUCAUUAUGUUGACCCUGAAGUCAACCUGCGCAACUUGUUUGGUAUCAAACGGCCUUAUGUUUUCGAAGAGAAGCCUGAGGUCGAACCACUAAAAGUAUGAAUGAUAAUCCCUCCCAAUAGCAGCAAAGUUUGAAAUCUGUUAUCGGACUGAUCUUUCUUUAUUUUUGAGAAAAUUGGGUCUCUUUGGUUCAGUUUUAUUUAAUGUAGAUCGACAUACAUUCAAAUAUUUGUAUUUCAAAGUAAUUAUUUGAGUAUGACUUGACACAUUGAUUGUCAAGCUUUGGUGAAUUUCAAAGAUUGAAUUCUAGUUCUUGGAGACAAAGGUUACUCUUGAAAUGUUUUAAUUUGUAAUAUAACAGGUGCUGACCCAAUAAAAUGAGUUACAUUUUGAGCAAAGUUUAAAUGUGUUAUCUUUU